UGCGUCAUUUCUCUACUUCUCAUUGUCAUUUAUCUGCUCUGUCUGUCUUUACUCUUUUAGUGUUCUCAUAAGUACAUAAGUACUUAAUAUUUGUAUUAUAUUUAUUAUUUACGUUAAAUUGUGGCGAGACUUGACCGGUGAGGAUACUGUAAACGACGGCGUCGAUUUGUUUUGUUUUAAGUGUUUUGAAUCGUGAUUAGUUAAUUAAAUAAACAAUAUACGUUCCGAAUACUCCGGCUAUGGCGAAUGUGAAUAAAAAGAAUUGGUCAAUGAAGUGGGUUGUUGCAAAAUUCACAGGCACUAAAGAUUAUAGUGUUCUUCCCAUAAAUUGGCUGGUGGUAAAUGAAAAUGAAAAGUUAGCCACUAGCACAAUCAAAUUUUGUAAAUGGCCACCAAUAAGAACUGUGACUAGCGAUGAUUUAAAAAAAGCUAUAAAACCAAACGAUACAUGGUCACAGUAUCAAAUUAAAAUUCUUGGAGGUAACAAAACUUACGAAAACUUUGGUAAAGCGUGGCAUAUACAAGUAGUGACAUCUGACAAUGAAGAACAAGUGGCAAAAAAAAGAUGCAGGACUCCAGAUACUGAUACUACAGACGACGAAGAUAUUGGUUUUGUUAUUGCUCCAGUUAUAUCUAAUAGUUUAUUGAUUGGUUCUCAAGACAUGAAUUUUAUGGAUGAUAUACCACAAUUAUCUACUUCUCCAAUAUAUACAGAUAUGUCAAUAACAGAGCCACAAAUAUCAGUUGCUAAAUCAAAAUAUUCAGACAUGUCAUUAACAACUGAUCAUUAUUCUAGAGAAACAUCCAGCUUAGAACAGGUUCCUAAUUUUGAAGCAUAUCCAAAUGAUUUUAGCACCUCGCAAAUUGUAGCAUCUUCAAAUGAACCCAGCACAAGUACAAGAACAUAUGAAGGGUCGAUAACACCUCGUAGAAGAGUGAAAAAUAUUGGAUGCAUAUCUAAUCGGCAAUUUAAAAGGCGACUUAAGAAUGAACUUGAAAUUUUCAAUCAAACAGUAGAUCCAAUUAAAGUAACAAAACAUUUCAAUGAGCAUAAAAAAGUAAAACCAUCCAAUGCAGAAAUUAGUUUGGAACCAUUAUUUAUUGAACACUUACAAGAAGAAACUCUGUUACCUGUAAUGGCAGCACGUGCAUCUUAUAAUGAUAUUUCAAAAAAAGUUAAGCCAAUUUUUGAAAACAAAGUUAUUACUAAAGAAGAUUUAAAUCAAGACUUAAUAAAACGACUUUGUAAAUGGGCUGUAAACUUUAAUGUAUCUCAUGGAAGUGCAAAUGAAAUAUUAUCUAUUCUGCGUAGUAUUGGUUUCAAGGUUCCAAAAGAUAUAAGAACUAUUCUACAUGAAUAUAAAGUUAAUCAUCCUAUCAUUGAAAUUCAAAAUGGUUCAUAUUUAGAUAUAGGUAUAUUAAAUAUAAUUAAACCUCAUUUAGUUAAACAGAUACAAUAUAUUCCUAAUAACAUGACAAUUAAGUUAAGUUUUAAUAUUGAUGGCCUACCUUUAGCAAAGAGCUCAAAAACUCAGUUUUGGCCUAUCUUAUUAUCCUUUACUAAUUUACCUAUUUUUGUGAAAAAGAUUUUUCCCGUAGGUAUUUACCAUAGUUAUAAAAGCAAACCUGGCAACAUAAAUGAAUAUUUUAGACCAUUUAUAAUUGAGUUACAAAACUUAUUAACUUGCGGUAUUAAAAUUGAAAAUAAACAAAUUAACUUUGAAAUUAAUCAUUUUGUAGCUGAUGCACCAGCAAAAAAAUCAUUCUUAUUAAAUGUUAAGAACCAUAAUGGGUAUUUUUCGUGCAACUCUUGUGAAGUAGAAGGAGAUUAUAUAGAAAGAAGAGUAUGUUUUUUAGAUAUGUCUGCUCCGCCACGUACUAAUGAUUCAUUUAGAUCUAAAUCUAAUCCUGAGUAUCACAAAGAUGGGUUAAGUCCUUUAAUCGAACUUCCUAUAGAUGUGACGAGUACAGUUGUCCUCGAUUAUAUGCAUUGUGUUUGCCAAGGGGUAAUGAAACGUCUUCUUGAGUUUUGGAUACGGGGGAAAAAACCUGUUAGAAUUAUAGAAGAAAAAAAAUCUAAUAUUUCUCUAUCUUUAUUCAAUUUAAGAAAGUCAGUACCAUCUGAAUUUGCUCGCCUGCCAAGAUCUCUUGAUGACCUGGAGUAUUGGAAAGCUACAGAAUUUCGACAAAUUCUUCUUUAUACAGGAGUUAUUGUAUUAAAAUCAAAUAUAAAAAAAGAAUUUUAUGAACACUUUCUUCUUUUAGUUGUAUCAAUUCGAAUAUUAUGCUCAGAUCAAAUAAGUGAUGAAAAUAAUAAUUUAGCAUUGAAGCUUUUACGACAAUUCGUUGAAAACUAUUCUUCGCAAUAUGGUCCUCAAUUUAUUAACUAUAAUGUCCAUAGUUUAAUCCACUUACCAUUUUAUGCACACUUGCACGGAUCUUUAGAUAAUUAUAGUUCAUUUAAAUAUGAAAACUAUCUUCAGAUACUAAAAAAAUCUAUGAAGUGUUGUAGAUACCCUCUUUCAGAAAUUCAAAAUAAAAUAUUUGCAUCUGAAGGAGAAGAACUGAUGGCAGUUUUGACUUAUGAUGAGAAUAAUUUAAUUAAAUCUUUUAAGAUAAAUGAAAAUAUUUCAAAUUUUGGAACCAUUUAUUAUAAUCAAAUUACUUUAAGUUCAAAUAAUUAUGUUCUUAGCUAUAGUAAUCCAAAAGAUCAGUGUAUUAUCUUAGAUGAUGGUAAUAUUUCAAUAAUUAAAAAUAUUUAUAAACAAAAUUCAAAAAUUGAUAAUACUAUAAAACUAACUGUAGUAAAAAUAUUAACCAUUAGCGAUUUAUUUAUAAAACCCGUGCCCAGUAGACAUGUUGGAAUUUAUUUAAUUAAUACCAAUCAUAUAUCAAGUCCUUAUGAUAUUGUUUUAAAUACUGUAAAGUAUAAAUGUUUUUUUUCUCAGCUUGUUAAUAAUCAAGCUGUUGUGAUUUCAUUAUGUCACAAUGUUUGAUAUAGUUAGUAGUUGUACAAUAUAUAUAAUAUAUAAUGUUUAAAUAUUUAAUUGUAUGUCAACAUGAAAAUAUAUUGUGUAUUAUUUAAAUUAAAUAAGUGUAAAAAUGUAAAACUAAAGUUUAAAUUUAAAAUCUAUACCUAUAUUUUAUUUCAAAAUCAAUUAUUUUUAAUUUUGUAUUAAGGGACAUACAAUAUAAUAAUAUUAUUUACCCAACUAAUAAAAACAAUAAUGAAGUAGUUGAAUUUUAUGGUACCAUAAUAUGUAAUACACAUAGGUACUUAUAUAAAUUGUAUAUAUAUUUUAUA